AUGGGAAACAAGCUUUCGCCUCUACUAGCAAACGUUUUCUUGAGCGAUUUCGAGGUAGCUUUAGGCACAGAAAAGCUCUUCCCUCGAGUUUGGAGACGUUACGUGUACGACAUUUUCGCAGUCGUGAAAGAACGCUACCUAACGCAGACCCUUGACCUAUUGAACUCCCGUCACAGCACAAUAAAGUUUACGGUAGAGAAGGAAAUAGAAGGGAAAUUGCCAUUCCUAGACCUGAUGAUAACCAGGAUAGCGGACAACAAACUAAAAUUCGGGGUCUACCGUAAACCGACAUCCACAGACAGAUACAUAACGUCCGACUCUAAUCAUUUCGGCGCUCAAAAACAAGCAGCCUUCCAUUCCAUGGCCCAUCACAGACAAAACGCGACAACGUUAGAGCAGGACAAAAAACAGGAACGUAGAAUCUGCUUGCCGUUUUACCACAAAAUUACUAACCCCGUUCAAACCGCCCUAAAACAGCAUGGUUACCAAGUCGCAUACAAAAGUGGUAACACCUUGAAAGACCUCUUGUGUAAUCUAAAAGACAAGGUUCCAACCGAUCAAAAAUCGGGGAUCUACCAAAUCCCCUGUAAAGAUUGCCCCGCAGUAUAUAUUGGACAAACUCGCCGAAAGUUCAAAGUCCGCAUUCGAGAACAUAAACAUGCUGUCGACCACGAAAGAGGCAACGACUCCAGUGCGGCAGCAUACACUAUAGCCCACAAUCACACCAUAGACUGGGACAGUGCGAAACUCGUGAAAACUGUACGGAAAGCUGCACACCUGAACGCAUGGGAAUCAAUGUACAUAGCCAAUGCUGAACACGUGCUUAUGAACGAGGACGACGCGCCAAUAUCAUCACCCCUUUUCCACUUGACAAACCUGAAAAUUCAGUGA